AUCAUACAUUUUCUGCGUGCAAUUUAUUUCUAUAUAAUUUUCGUUUCUUUUAUACUUGUUACUAAAAUGUAAUUCUUACUAUAUUAAUUUCUUGAUUUUAUUUGAAUUUUAUUUAAAAUGCCUUUUAAGUGAAAAUUAAGUUCAAUAAUUAAAAUAAAAAAUUCCCUAAAUUAUAUUACAUUCAUCUGUUGACUGAGUGUAUAUACGAUGUGCAUACUACAUAAAAAUAAAUUUUUCACGAUUAACCAUUUUUUUUUUUUGGAUUCAUAUUGUACAAUUUACAUUAUCCUCAUCAUAUCUACCUUCUUGUUCGAUCGCUUAAUCGCUCAGAACCAAUUAAAAGCAAAAGCUUAAGUAUUUAAAUGCAUUUACCCAAGUGUAAAUUUGGAUUGGAAAUUGAUAAUUAAAACCAUGUUAUUUAUUAACAAAAAAAUACUAAUUUACAUAAUAUUUUUUAGAUAUUUUAUAUAAAUUGAAAAUGAUGUAAAAAAUUAGUAAAACUUCUUUAUGUAUAAAAAAUGUUAUGUUUGCUUGUAAACAUCGUGUAUAUACAUAAGCACAUAUUCUGUCAGAAGGAUAAUAUAAAUAAUAUAGUUUAAAAAAUAUAUCAAUAAAACUCAUAUAAAAAUGAACGACAGUAAACAAAAUUCACAUGAUGAAGUUCCAGAAAUCGUAAAAAAUGCUGUAUUGGUAAACAGUUCUCCCAUUCCAGUUGAAACACCUAUUGUGGAAGGGUAUGAUUGGAACAAGGGAAUUGACUAUCAUGCUUUAUUUAAAACAUAUAAAAAUUCUGGCUUUCAAGCAACAAACUUUGGUUUAGCAGUGAAUGAAAUUCAGCGAAUGAUAAAUGCUAGAAACAUUCCUCUUAAAGAUGACCAAAUUGAUAGCUUGGAAGAAGAUAAGUUUAUUGAAAGAAAAUCUUCAUGCACAAUAUUCCUAGGAUAUACAUCAAAUAUGGCUUCAUGUGGGAUUCGGGAUACUAUAAGGUUUCUUGUGCAACAUAAAAUGAUUGACUGUAUUGUAACUACAGCAGGCGGUGUAGAGGAAGAUUUCAUAAAAUGCUUAGCACCAACAUAUAUAGGAGAUUUCCAUUUAGAAGGAAGAAGUCUUAGGGAACGUGGUAUUAAUAGAAUAGGAAAUUUGUUAGUACCUAAUAAUAAUUACUGUCUAUUUGAAGAUUGGGUUAUGCCUAUAUUAGACACAAUGUUGGCUGAACAGAAAGAAAGAGGUACGAUUUGGACACCAUCUAAAGUAAUAGCAAGACUUGGUGUAGAAAUUAAUAAUGAAGAUUCAAUAUAUUAUUGGGCUGCAAAAAAUAAUAUUCCUGUGUUUAGUCCUGCUCUGACAGAUGGCAGCCUUGGUGAUAUGAUGUAUUUCCAUUCCUUUAGGAAUCCAGGUCUAAUUGUUGACAUAGUAUCAGAUCUUAGACGGUUAAAUACAAUGGCUAUGAAAGCAAUAAAUAGUGGCAUGAUCAUCAUAGGAGGUGGUGUUGUAAAACAUCACAUAUGCAAUGCAAAUCUCAUGAGAAAUGGUGCUGACUAUGCAGUAUUUAUAAAUACAUCUUCAGAAUUUGAUGGCAGUGAUAGUGGUGCUCGUCCAGAUGAAGCUGUUUCAUGGGGUAAAAUUCGAAUGGAUGCAAAACCAGUUAAAAUUUAUGCAGAAGCAUCUCUGGUAUUCCCACUACUUGUUGGAGAAACUUUUGCUCAACAAUAUCACUCAACAAGAGAAAAAAUUGUUUCAGAUGUUUAAGAAAAACUUAGUAGAAACAUUUAAACAAAAAAUAAAAACAUUUCUAUCUUUCUUUUUAUACAUAUACAUGCGUAUGUAUACAAAUAAUACUUGAAAAUGUUUUUCUGACUUUUCUAAUUAUUUUUUUACUUUGGUUUUCUUGGAAACCAAAUUGAUUAACGUAAAAAGAGGAGAGUGAACUAGGGGAGAGAGCGUGAUCUUAGAGUGUGUUCAGAGGAAUUGUGUGAACAACGUGCAACUAAGAACGUGUAAAUAACUUGGCUCGUGUACAAUUAUUAUUUCUAUUUACUAAGUACAUUUAUAGUUUUUCUUACCUUUACACCGUUACGCUUGAUUAUUUAUGCGCAUAUCACAAUGCCUAUUCGGCUAAAUAUAUAGAUUAAUCGCUAAGUAAACGGUAGAUACUUAUAUAAAACAACUCUUAUAUAAAAUGUCUUCUUACUAAAGGAACGAUCGGAGAGAAGAAAACGUUUUAUCGGCGACGCGAUAUAAUCGGCCACGUGCGAGAAAAUUAAAUAUUCAGUUUAAAAUAAAUUGCGUUUCACAUUGACUUUUAUUAUUCGUUUAUUAAGUUUAUUAAGUUUAUUAAAUAAAAUUUAUUAAUUCCUUCAACAAUACAAUCAUGAUGGUAACCAACUAGCUCAUUAUUUGUUAUACAAUUUAUAAUUGUAUUAUGUAAAAUGUUGCAAUUAAUAACUGUAUAUCAAAUAAUAUCGAUUGCCCAGGUCUUACCACAUAGAGAUUGCUGCGAAUGGAGACCUUCUCUAUAUAUCCUGCUUUUACGCAAAAAUUUACUAAUUUUGUAUAAACAAAUUUUAAUAAAUUCUCCUUUUGAUGUGUUCAA